AUACAGGGCCAUGUGGGCGAACGAUUGGGGAUUUUGGUCUUGAUCAUCUCUAAGAAGAACCGCCAGAGAUAUGCAAGUACCUCUUCGAGGGUGCAAGGAGAUGAUUGCAUGGAGCAUCUCAUGGGAUAAUAUAAGAGGCAACAGUGGAGAAGAAGAUGUGAAACUAAAGGCGGCGAUGGCGGGAGUUCCGUAUUGGGCAGAGGAAGAGGACGAGAAGAAAGAAGGCUUGGGCAUGAGUCGGUAUUGGGUGGCGGUGGCCUUCAAGUACCUGCCCUAUGGCACCUCACUCUAUGGUAGUGGCAAGUAUGUUUGACUUCCACAACUCCAG